AUCCUCUUUUCUACUAGUGAAGGUCGAAUUUUGGAUAGUCUAACUCUGAAAGGCUUCGACCAGCCUUGUGCCAUAUGCAUCCUUCGACCGGGAGCUGCUAUGGGAAUCCUAGAUCGCUCCAAUUUGUAUCUGUAUGAACCGAAGUUGAAACGUUUAAGUAUUGUGGCUGACGGACUUGGUGCUCGUCACCGCGCACUAUCAUACACUUGUAAUGGUGACUUCAUAACAGUUAAAAAGCAUGGCGCACAACUGUCUGCCACAAUCUUUAAUGCAACUGAAUACAACAAGAUAAUUGGAAGUUUUGUUUUCCCACAAUCUGAUGGAGUGUCGAUUCUUCAUGAACAACGUCAGCCGUGCUUUGCUGAUACUACGGGAAAUCAGAUAUUUUUCACAGAUUUACGGACUAAUACGCUUACGUGUAUGGAAAUGGAAGGCAAUCGGCUUGUCAAGGUCUACAGCCGGUGUAUGCAGCAAUCACCUACGCAUCGAGGAGAGGAAGCUCGAAAACGUGGUGUAUUCUUUAGAUUUGUCUUCAUGAGUGGAAUUCGGUGUGACGACUCCGGACACUUACUCGUUGCUGAUGCGAAAAACCGAACUCUAAAGCUACUCACGACAUCGGGCCAAAUAUUAAAAUGCGCCAAGUUUGCUAACGGGGCCAGUUUUCCUUAUUGUUCGGCAUUCGGUGUCUCGCCAUCUGGCAUGCUUAUGGCGUGCGAUCGAGCCAAUAGCCGAAUGGUUUUGUUUCGUAUCGGAGAAGAGUCAGUAUCUGAAGACGCUGUAAUCACUGACGAUGUAUUUGAUCGGAUGAUGGGCGAAACAGGUGUGGAGAAUGAAGUACGACGAUUGAAGGAGAGAGCUCGAAGGGCAGCAUGA